UUGGUAACAUUGAGCCAAAUUGUUUACGUCAAAAUAACCUGUACAAAUAAACAAAUUAGACGUCAAUCAACAAAACAGAAAUGCCCCAUAAUGGAUAAAUCGGAGAAAAUGUUCCACCAGGCCUACUUUGGGGACAUUCUCCAUCUGAAUGUCGGCGGGAAAAGGUUUUCCACAUCCAGGCAAACUCUCACUUUGAUUCCCGAUACGUUUUUCACGGCUCUUCUCAACGGGCAAAUAUCCAGCUUGCGAGACGAAAAAGGCUGCAUCUUCAUUGAUCGCGAUCCGGAGGUGUUCGCAGUGGUGCUCAACUAUCUGAGAACCAGGGAAAUCGACUUGAAGGCAAUUGAUUUGAGAACGUUGAGACACGAGGCUGAGUACUACAAUAUUGCCCCUUUGGUGCAACGCUUGAUGCUAUGUGAAGAACUCACGCAGUCCACUUGUGGCGAUGUACUGUUUUAUGGCUAUUUACCGCCACCAGCUGUACCCAUUCAAGAUCCUCCAGGCAUCGUGGCGCCGACCGUUGAAGCCGCAGGCGUUCACAGGCCCAUGUUACGGGACGGAGAUCAAGAGCCAGAUUCUGAGAAUCCUGCUGGAUCUGGAAGUGUGCAGCACCAUCAGGCUGUGCAUGGCAAGCCUCAUGGCCAUUCCAGAAACUCCUCCUUUGAGCUGAGAAUUCAGGCAGGGCUCCAAGCCAGCUACAGCCGCAGCUCUCAAGACUUGAGGGGCGUUGCUAAUCGAGUCCAUUCUAGGACUGCUUCUUUGGACUUGCGACAUGCUCGAACCUCCUCAGCCGAUCUCAAUAAACUAGUCAGGAAUGAUUUGGGCCUGGUCUUUGGAACAACUAAUUCCAGCUGGGCGGACCCUUUGCGAGUGCAGAUCAUCAAAGCCCAUCACAAUUGGAUUGUGGUGGCCUAUGCGCAUUUUGUCGUCUGUUACAGGCUAAAAGACGCCAGCGGUUGGCAGCAGGUAUUCACGAGUCCUCACAUUGAGAGCUGCAUAGAACGAAUAGCGAUCAAUGCCAAAAUGGGGUCGACGGAAACAUCGAAAAUGGUCGCGAUUUCGUAUGGCAGCCAAGUGAGGCUGUGGGGCAUCUCAGAUGCCGGAACAAGAACAAAUGUUGGCACAUUUAAUCUGAUGGUGCGGGUGGAAUAUCUGUUUUUUAUCGGCAGCCAACUGGUAGCAUUGUCCCCGUCUGGGAAGCUGGGCGUAUGGCAUGCAAUGACCCAACAUUGGCAAACUCAAGACGUGAUGCCAAUUGCUUCCUUCGACACUGCUGGAUCCAUUCUGUUGCUGGGCUGCAACAACGGCUGCAUCUACUACAUCGAUAUGCAAAAAUUCCCGCUCCGGAUGAAGGAUAACGACUUGCUAGUCACUGAGCUGUACAAGGACCCGAAUAACGACACUGUGACGGCAAUUUCAGUUUACCUCACACCGAAAACAAAUUUGUGUGGAAACUGGAUCGAGAUCGCCUAUGGAACCACUUCGGGUGCGGUAAGAGUUAUUGUUCAGCACCCGGAAACGGUUGGACAUGGGCCUCAACUGUUCCAGACGUUCACCGUUCAUCAAAGUAGAGUUACAAAGGUAACGCUGUCCGAAAAGUUCCUGGUUUCCGUGUGCUCAGAAUAUAAUCAUGUGCGCUCCUGGCAAGUAACCCGCUUCAGAGGGAUGUUGAAUACGCAACCCGGAUCGGCGCCAGAGGCCUCUUUUAAAAUCGUUGCCCUGGAGGCAGUCGAGCACAAUGUUGGAACUGCUGGAGCCUCCAAUGGUCAGGCUUCCGCCUGCAUCGUUGGCAACGACUGCGGGCCAUUUGGGGAGCAGGAUGACGAACAGGUGUUUGUUCAGAAAGUGGUGCCCGAUGCUGAUCAGUUGUUUGUAAGGCUGGCGAGCAAUGGAAGGAGAGUUUGCGUGAUUAAAGCUGUAGACGGAAGCACCGUAAGUGCGUUCUGCGUGCACGAAUGCGACGGCUCCAGCCGCAUGGGCUCUCGCCCAAGGCGUUUCAUCUUCACGGGCCACUCUAACGGCUCCAUACAAAUGUGGGAUUUGACCACCGCCCUGGGGCUGCGCUACAAGACGGAUACUGGCAAGAACUUCCGAAAACGCGCGAGAAUUUUGGUUAAUUCAUUUUUUUCAGUUUCAACCGACGGAGGCCCAUCGCCCGCCGAGCUGCUGCGAAUGCUCGAUCAGUGCGACAUAAGCAACAGCCUUUGCUCAACGCCCUGUAUGUCGCCAUGCCUUUCAUUGGCUGCAGCCGCUCGGCUCAAAGCCAGCAAUGUGGCUUUUCUCAACCAGCAAUUGCAUGUGGAUGGCGACAGAAACAGCAGCUCCACGUGAUUUGCAGGACUAAAGUGCAAUAUUUUUCGUAUCGACUAGGUAUAAUUUGUAGGGCUGAAAUCGGGCAAACGUUUGUUCAGUUGAUGCGAUAUUUUUUUGAGGUAAUUGGGCCAUAGGACGGCAACCCCGAAAGGCUGUUUAUAGGCUGAAUUAUUUUAUUUAUAUUUUGUUUUAGUUGUAAGAUGUUGGUUAUUGUUUCCUGUGUUAAACUAUCGUCAAAUCGCGGAUGUUUCUCGCGUCGAAUGGGAAUUAUCGCCCUGUUGUUGCAGGCAAAACAAUAAAAGUCUUGUACAAAACGGA